UUUUCUGCAUGGAGAAAAAGAUGGGGGAAGCUGUUGCCAGAGUAGCCCGGAAAGUGAAUGAAACUGUUGAAAACAAAACAGAUUCUCUGGAUCUUGCAGAUUGCAAACUAAUGACCUUCCCCAUUGCCCUUUACAAAGUUAUGAGGCAUGUUACAGAAGGCAUUCAUCUCAUCACUCUGGCCAAUAAUGAGCUGAAGGCUGUGACCAGCAAAUUCAUUACCACCUUUAGCCAGCUGAGAGAACUUAAUCUGGAAGGAAAUUACAUUCAUCGCCUGCCAGAAGAAGUCCGAACACUGUCGCAUCUAAGACUCAUCAACCUUUCCAGGAACAAAUUUCAGCAGUUUCCAGAGCAGCUGACCUCCUUGCAAGCCCUUGAAACAAUCAAUCUGGAAGAGAAUGAGAUUGCAGGGCCCUCCGUUCUGCUGUUUUUUCUGGCUGGUCCAGUCUUCAGUGUCUCUUGUGUUCUUUCAUUCAUGUUUGAACACUGUGUUUAA